AUGAGCUGCUCGUGUCGCCUCGCCACAUGGCGGACGUUUGCGCGGGGCCUCGCCCAGAUUCACCGAUCCGACAAUCUUUCUUCUUCGGCUGCGCUGCCGCUUCGAUGGCCGGCUCGGCAGCUGGUGCUGUUGGGGCCCCAGAGCCGUGGACUGCGUGUCUCGGGAUAUAGGAGACAGGAGGAAUCGGCUGCUGCUGCUGCUGCUGCUGCAGCGGCGGUGGAUGAGGAAGGACAUGGACAGGGAGGAUCACGGGGCACGAUUGCUGAGGAUGGGCAAGCAAGCGUGGCGAAGAUGGUGGACGAGGUGGCUGCCGAUGCGAAUGAACACCCGGUCGAGAGGAGACGGACGGCAAGGGAUGGAAAGAAACGGGGUUCUGCUGCCACGGAUGGAAAGGACGAUUCGCGAAACAAGACAUCAAUAGGAGCAAAACGGGAACGAAAGGCCAGGCCGUCAUCCCCCGCCGACGGCAACUCGCCAGAUAUUUCCACCGGACAGCAGUCGCCGCCGCCAGAGUCUUCCCGACCGAGGACUCGGGAGCCGUGGAAGGUCCACAAGGCGGCGCUCAAGGAAAAGUUCCCCGAGGGCUGGCAGCCGCGCAAGCGGCUCUCGCCCGACGCCCUGGCGGGGAUCCGGGCGCUCAACGCGCAGUUCCCAGACGUGUACACGACGGCGGCGCUGGCGGACAAGUUCCAGGUGUCGAGCGAGGCGAUCCGGCGCAUCCUCAAGAGCAGCUGGCGGCCGUCGGCGGACGAGGAGGAGGAGCGGCAGCAGCGCUGGUUCCGGCGCGGGAAGCAGGUGUGGGAGCAGAAGGCGGCACUGGGGAUCAAGCCGCCGCAGCGGUGGCGGAGGGAGGGCAUCGCGCGGGAUCCCGGGUAUCACGAGUGGAGCAAGAGGGCGGCGCAGAGGGAGAGGGAGUGGGAGGAGGAGGAGGUGAGCAAGUACCGGGCUUAUCGGGAGAGGAUGAAGAAGAAGGCGGAGGGGAGCGGGAGGCAAUGA